UAGACCAGGGGUGUCAAACUGGAGGCCCUCCAGCUGUUGCAAAACUACAAGUCCCAUCAUGCCUCUGCCUUUGGGAGUCAUGCUCGUAACUGUCGAUCUUGCAAUGCUUCAUGGGACUUGUAGUUUGGCAACAGCUGGAGGGCUGCCAGUUAGACACCUAUACCUUAGGCCACAUGUGUCAAACUGGCGGCCCUCCAGCUGUUGCCAAGCUACAAGUCCCAUGAGGCAUUGCAAGAUUGACAGUUACAAGCAUGACUCCCAAAGGUAGAGGCAUGGUAGGACUUGCAGUUUGACACCCCUGCCUUAGGCAAACAGAAGAUCUGCACAUCCUCAA